UGCGAAUUGUAAAGCUUUUUUAGACCAACAAUUAAUUGCAUUGCGACAAGGAUCCAAAUGUCGCCAUUUUUUUCACCGAUUUCUCCGAGAAUCGAACCUGACCAAUGAACCUGAUCAUUUUUUUGGGGGGGGACAUAUCCUUCAGCAAAGGACAAGGGAUAAAUGUCCCUCCACCACUAGCCUGCGAUUUUUUAAAACUCAUUGGUCUUGUCCCAGUCAAUUACACCCCGUGACUGGGGUAAAGCUAGGUGAUGUUUUAAGUAUUAUCACAAAAUGCAUCGGACUUUGUCAACAUUGCUACAUGUCAUAAGGCCAUAAGAAUGUCGUUUUAUCAGCGGAACGGGUGUUACUAGUAGUCCAGUAGUUCCCACUGUGAGUUCCUAACCUCAAACAUAUGUCAGAGGACUGACUGAAAAUAAAAUCAACGUCAUGCAGUUGGUCCAUUGAUUUUCAGUGAUUCAGUAUUGAAAAUUCUGUAAAUAAAAAUGCACAUGUGGUUUUGGUUUGGCACCCAACUCAGUCCCUUUAUCCUCCCCGGGUACAAUGUCACAACGACCUGGGGUGUGAUAGCGACUUGCCUGGGUCUGAUUGCCUUGGCCAUCACCUACGAGGCGAUGAAAACCUUUCAAAUAAAACUCCAUCAGAUGAAUAAAGCAGCUGUUGCUGCCAGUGGAUCCAGUGCUAAUGAAAAUUCAUCUCUGUUGUACCAUUUAGUGCCAGUAGGUCUCACUGGUAAUAGGGGAUAUCGUUGUCAGGCAUUAUGUCGAUGGCUGAUGGAAGUCGUUCAUUAUGCAGUUCACGUUACCCUCGGGUACAUAAUGAUGCUCGCAGCCAUGACUUAUAACGGAUAUAUUUUUCUGGCAUUGGUAGCGGGUGCUGCUGUUGGAUAUCACAUUUUUGGGCCAACUCUGUUAGCUCUGAAUAUCAGUGAGGUUCGUCGAAGGUACGAAGACGUGCCCUGUGAGUCAGAAUGCACUGUCAGUAGGGAAAAGUGGCUUAUCUCGUUGUACCACAUCGCUGAGUUCGUUGACGUUCUAGGGGGAAAUCCAGAGACGUCUGAGGGUGAAAGCCAGCAGUCGACAAUUGCUAUUAUUUCGGAUCAAGGGCCAUCAGAAGUCAGUGCAGACGUUCAUAUCCACUGAGUCUCCAACCGGCGGACCCUUUUGUGCUCAAUUUUAACGAAUUUGGACUGAUAAAAUUAAGUGUUGAUACAGUAAAGUUAUCGCGGAGAUUUUUAACAGAUUGUUUUAUAUUGAUGAGUGUUAUCUGGACAAAUAUAAAUAUCGUUUUUACGUGA